AUGAACGCCCAAAUAUUCCUGUUUAUAUUACUCUCAAUAAGUCUAGAACACUUUGCACAAGCAGAAUUUCAACAUAGUUUAGAAAUCACAGAUAUUUUACCCGAAGAUAUAAAACGUUACGACAAAAUGAGGCCGCCCAAAAAGGAGGGUCAACCAACGAUAGUCUACUUUCAUGUCACCGUCAUGGGUUUAGAUUCAAUCGAUGAGAAUUCCAUGACCUAUGUGGCCGAUAUAUUCUUUGCCCAGACCUGGAAAGAUCAUCGUUUAAGACUGCCGGAAAAUAUGACACAGGAAUAUCGUUUACUAGAGGUGGAUUGGCUGAAACGUUUAUGGCGUCCGGAUUCGUUUUUCAAAAAUGCCAAAUCGGUAACAUUUCAAACGAUGACCAUACCAAAUCAUUACAUGUGGCUGUAUAAAGAUAAAACUAUAUUGUAUAUGGUGAAAUUGACAUUAAAACUGUCGUGUAUUAUGAAUUUUGCCAUUUAUCCGCAUGAUACACAGGAGUGUAAACUACAGAUGGAGAGUUUAUCACACACCACGGAUGACAUGAUAUUUCAAUGGGAUCCCACCACACCUUUGGUGGUCGAUGAAAACAUCGAAUUGCCUCAGGUGGCGCUGAUACACAAUGAAACGGCCGAUUGUACGCAGGUCUAUUCCACCGGUAAUUUCACCUGCCUGGAGGUGGUCUUCACUUUGAAGAGACGUCUCGUUUACUAUGUUUUCAAUACCUACAUACCCACUUGCAUGAUUGUCAUUAUGUCUUGGGUUUCAUUUUGGAUUAAGCCAGAAGCUGCUCCGGCACGUGUCACUCUGGGUGUCACUUCUCUACUAACUCUAUCAACGCAACAUGCGAAAUCUCAAUCAUCGCUACCGCCCGUCUCCUACUUGAAAGCAGUGGAUGCUUUUAUGUCCGUGUGUACGGUUUUCGUGUUUAUGGCUUUAAUGGAAUAUUGUUUAAUCAACAUUGUGUUAAGUGAUACGCCCAUACCAAAGCCCAUAGCUUAUCCUCCCAAACCCAAGCCAGAAGAACCUAAAAAAGAGGAGGCGAAACCCGAGCCGCCACCACCACCAGCUCAUCCACCGCUAACGGAUGAAAAAAUCGAAAAGAUAUUCGAUGAAAUGACAAAAAACAAAAGGGUAAGUUGAGGCUUUUCUUAAAACAUAAAGUACCAUACUACACGUCGUGUUAUGCGGCCACCACUCGAUGCCGAUGGUCCUUGGAUUCCUCGCCAAGAAUCUCGCAUUAUUUUAACACCCACAAUAGCUCCUCCACCAGCACCACCCAAGCCCGCUGAACCCGAACCGCCCAAACCGAAACUAACACCUCAACAGGAACGUUUAAAACGUGCCAUUUACAUUGAUCGUACUUCUCGUGUAGCUUUCCCAGCUUUAUUUGCCUCUCUAAAUGCCAUCUAUUGGAUAGUAUUUUAUGAAUAUCUUUAA